AUGUUACGCAAUGCGAAUGAGUCACAAAACUCCUUGGAUAAACAAAUAAAUGAUAAAUUAUCGUCAUGUGAAUUGCAUGAAGAUAAAAAGAUAAUUGAAGAAUUAUGCGAAUUACAUGAAAAGGAAGUAUUAAAAGGAAGUUAUGAUUUUGAAUUUAUUAAUUCAUUUGAAAAAUAUUUAGCAAGUAAACAAUUAAAAACCGAAGAUUUAAUUAAUUU